UUUCUGGCAGCUUUCGUGUUGUGCCGCACGUGAUGGCGGGGUGAUAUACGGCUGAACCGCAGCUUCGUUAUUAAAAGGUAAACUUCGGCUACAUGCCAUCUAUAUUCGCACGACAGCAGGUGUGGACCCAGCGGUCCCCGUCGUUAACAUAUUCGCCCAUUUUCUGUUUACUGCAGCGGGGUGUGUUCCUCCGAGGAGAAAUGCGGCGCGACGAUCGAUUCGUCUUCAUCGACACGCACUUUCCGCCCGCGCAGCGCGUGACACGUUGCGUUUCCGCGCGGACGUCUCAGCGCGCGCGUAACGAGCGCAAUAAAGCCGCAAGAUUCGGGUAUAUUUGCGCUUUCUUUUUCAUGGCCAUAUAUGGAGAUCAGAUCGGCCGUUGACGCGCCAACCCCGCUUUAACCCCUUAGCCGCUGAAUUUUAUUUUCUGGCAGCCCAAUAAUCGCAAAGAAGAAGGCGUUAUAAUCGACGCGCUGCGCGUGCCGCGAUUAAAACCGACAGCCGUACCUCGUCUUUCUGUACGGUUUUUGAUUAUAACCGAAAACAUAGGUGUUACUGCGCUCAGCUAUUAAUGCAGGCUUAAUUGCCUUCUGGCGUUAAACUGAGGAGCCUGUGAUAGAGCGACUCCUUUACGCGACAGAUUUAAGAGAUGUACACAGGUGUUUCGUCUCUAUGCGGUGCCUUUCAGCGGCGUUAAAGCUUUGCGCUGGGGAUGAUGGUUAAUUUACCUAUACUAGCGAUAAAGGUGCCUCGUGACAAGUUUAGAGACGCAAAUGCAAGUGUUUCGACUCUGUAGGGUUUCUGUGAUGGUUUCGCGCGGAGGGAAAAACAAAGAAUGCUUUUUAAAGGAUGCAAUGGCAUCACGCUGCAGGAUGCAGAGACAACCGCAAGCCGUUUCCAACACAUAACAGGGAACAAAAAUAAAUCUGUAUCAUUUUUGGCUGUCAAACGCGUUAUAACUAUAGCAGGCGCCGUUCAUAAACACACUACAGCUUUAUAUUCUGCGCUUGGCACGGUCCUCGCCCCCCCUUCCUCGCGCGCUGACGUCACGCGCCCGCCUCGGCUCCGUGCACGAACUAUUUCGUGUAGUAGCGCCAGCACCCGCGAGCUUCUCCGGCGCCCGCCGCUUAACGUGGAGACAAAUACGAGGGCGAGAGGAGGGGUGAGAGGGACGAGGCUGAUCUCGGGCCACAGCGCGGGGCGUCGCGGUGUUGUCGAGCCGGUGGUCUUGAGACGCGCGGCGGAGGCGGCAUGGAUCUACCUGCCGUCGGGGAGCACGUCUUCGCGGUGGAGGGCAUCGAGAAGAAGCGCCUGCGGAAGAUAUAACACAUGGGAACCCGAGGAAAACAUUCUUGACCCGCGCCUUCUUGUGGCUUUCCAAAACAGGGAAAGGCAGGAGCAAAUGGUGGGAUAUCGCAAAAGAGGGCCUAAACCCAAACACUCCCUCGUCCAGCUUCCUGCGUUUGCUCGUAGAUCAAGCAUCCUGGGUGGUCUCGAGGACACCUUAUUGGAUGAAGAGAACCAGCCCAAAGUGGAGCCCCUCCAGAUCCACCGCUCUCGGCCGCAGCACUAUCAGCUCAACAGCAAAAAGCACCACCAGUACCAGCCCAGCUGCAAGGAGAUCUCCGUCGAACAGCAUUCGAGUGGGAAAAAGAAGCACUUCUACCAGCUGAACAGCAAGAAACAUCACCACUACCAGCCGGACCCCAAGAUGUACGACACGCCACUCACGGGACCCAAAGAGGUCAAGGUUCAAGACCCUUCCAACAAAAGCUGGAACCUCCCUUCAGCCCUGCAACAGAAGUGGAUUCGGAACAAAGACACGGGCUGCUUGAGUAAAGUGAAAGAUCUGUCCAUCGAGUUCAAGAGCCUGCCGGAUAACGCUGACAAAGCGGAGCGGGCGCUCAAGACGAGCGCCAAAGAGUUUGCCCUUCCCAACGGCAUCAGCAGUAAGAUGAAAAUAAUCAAGAACAAAAACAAAAACGGACGGAUAGUCAUUGUAAUGAGCAAAUACAUGGACAAAGGGGUGCACUCGUCUAAAGUAAAAAACAAGGAUGUCUCUCAAGUGUCUAAUACGGACAAUCUGUCUGAAGGUGAAGCUUCAGGAGGCGGCUUCAUCGAGAACACCAGCGCGUUUUCUAACAAGCACUCCAUCGAAAAGGCUGAACUUCCAGAGCACACGCCUACAGAGACCGAACAAAUAGUGAUCGAUUUAUGCGAUCAACCGAACUCAGAGAAAGCUGCCCCAGCCGACAUAAACAGCGGACUCGGUCACCGCAAGAGGAACCUCUCGGAAGCCGACGAGGACGUGAGGAACUGUAAGCGCAUCUUCAGCUCCAGGAGCAUCAGCGCUCCAAACACGGUGCUCUCCUCUCCUCAGAGAGAACCUAUGAACCUGCAUUACACAGGCAGCCUCGCCGGCAGAGCCUGCAGUUAUGACUUUAGCGACACCAUUCCCGAAGAGCCCAUUGAUUUAAGUUGUGGUCCGACCAAAGCUCUUAAGCCGUUUCCCGCCGCGGAAAAGGUUUCGGGAAGCUCGGCUCAAGUGGAGAAAACAACCAGCCACGUCAGGCCGUUUGUGGGGAACGUUAUCAUCACCGAUAUCACCACGAACUGCUUAACCGUGACCUUUAAGGAAUACGUUCAGGGAUAGCGUCCACGCGGAUCAUUCGGUUCAAUCGAAGUGACUUGUGACAGAUGCACUGAUCAUAGCCAUUCCUGACAACACGGGGAAACAUCCAAGCAAGCAGGGUGCGUUUGUUUAAAUGACUGACGUGUGCUUUCUAACGCAUACCAUUGAGACGGUUGACGUUUUGCUGCUGUGAAAACGGAAUUGGAAACCCCAUACUUGUACAGCGUGUAAUGUAGUUUAUAAUUCGAAUGCUACCUGAGGAAACACAGCGGCCUAUUGGAGAAAGCACACUGGUCAAAUUGAAGAAUUCGUUAAAGUCGAAGUUUAUUGCACUUACACUCACACGUUUCGCCGUUCAUCCACGCCGUGGAUUGUUUUUUUUGUUUUUUUUGAGAUGUACAUAUAACUGAGAUCUAUACGUUUGGAAAGGUGUCGUCAUACGUGUAUAUGACCGUACCUUUUAAAUAGUUUUGGUUUUGCUGAGCUCUUUUACUUGACUGGAUUUCCAGAUGCUGUUGGCCUGUGAGGUCUUCCUGUGCAAUGCUAGAUAAACAACCGGUUUGUUCGGCGUUCCCUCUCUGUAAGACGUUUAAGUUGCACUUUAUCGUCUCCUGGAUCUCUUGUAGAUAAGUUCGGUUUGAAAACAACAAUGAUCAAUAAAGGUUUAACUUUGCGGAGUGAUUCUGUAACAGCAGUGUGACUGUGGAACAUGCGAACCGUCCGGAGAGUGAACGUAAGAUCGAUGCUUACAGUGUAAUGCUAUAGAUUACGUAUGAAUUGUAAUCGAUUUACAGUCAAUGCAAUGUACUGUAGGUAGACCUUGAGAUGUACAGGAUGUAAUGUACCGGCUACACCACGCCAUUUAUAUGCAUAUCGUUUUAUGCAUACUAUCCUUUGAAUUGUCGGUUUGAAAACGCUUCUCGAAUCUUGAAUAAUAAACGAAUGAUUUGUUUUA